AUGUAUUCUUUCUAUUCUGCAUAUGAGGAGAGGAUUCGUCUUCCGAAUUUGGAAGCAAUGGAUGGACGGCAGAUGAAGUUUGAGAGGGUUGGUGAGUCUGAUUUCUUGAAGACAUUCACUUAUCAAGGAGGCUAUGGAAGUUAUUCUUCUGGUGAAAGCACCAAAGUUAUAAUAGAGAAUGCGGUUUUGUGGGUCGAUGAAAGAAGCCGAGAUUACUUAGUUGUGUGGAGCCUUGAGUGCUUCUUUGCAUAUCAUAAGAAAGGAGAUAAUAACAAGAGCUGGAAAGUGUUUCAAUUAAAGAAGAAUCAAGGCUGCUCCGAUAUGGUGUUUAGAGAAAGCAAGCUUUACGUGCUUAGUCCAAGUCUAAACAUUACUAUUUUUGAUUUCUCUUGUGGUGGUUCUCCAAAUGAAUGUGCAAGUUUCACAACUCCGGAUGGUCUCACAUUAUUUCCACUAUAUGGUUUCGGCCAUCUUGUUAUAACUUUGUCCGGAGAGGUUUUGAUGAUCAAACCCCGCGCAUUUGCGAUACCUUCCUUUGAUAUUUACAAGAUGGAUCCAAAAUCAUCAAAAUGGAGAGAAAUAUAUUCUUUAGGGAACGAAGCAUUGCUUUUGGAUCUAGGAACAACGGUCGCAGCCAAAGAUGGUUUUGGGGAAAACAGCUUAUAUUUUAGUAAUCGUAAGCCUAGUAGAUACAAUGGGAGUUGUUUAUGCAAUGAAAACAGUAAUUACGUUUACGAUUUUCUUAAGAGGUUGGUUGUCCAACGGUUUCAACACCUUGCAGAUUUAUCGCCAGUGCCUUUCAAGGAUUCUCGUUGGUUUUUCCCAACUUUUUGUGGCAAAUCGUUGCUCUAAAGCUA